AUGGCUGCGAAGGAUUGUUUCCAACGUGUGUCCAAAACUGUGAUGUCAGACGGUGACUCUUCCUGCAGAUCUCCUCAGAACGACAGGAAAGCCUUCCUCUGUGGAGGGUGUGAGGGUUCAGAGGAUGGAGACAGGAAGUUGAAGAGGAGAGAGAAGAACAGAGUUGCAGCCCAGAAGAGCAGGAAGAGACAAACACAGAGAGCUGACCAUCUGCAUGAGGCCUGUGAGCUGCUGGAGCAGAGGAACAGGAAGCUGAGGAGAGAGGUGGAUUCUCUGUCUGAGGAGCAGCGUCUUCUCUCAGAGACUCUCAUGGCCCACGAGCGCUUCUGUCCCAUCAUGCACUGCUCCUUUACCUCGUCCAGCCUGCAGCCUGACUGUAUGGAGGCUCAGUCAGUCUGAGGCAACAUGUAAUCCAUCUGAAGCUGCUCUUGGUGUAAUGCACCAGUAAGACCAGUAGAGGGCGCUGCUCACUGUGAGAUGACCCCAUAAUCUCAUGUGUCCUCUAGUGGUUAAACGUUUUAUGCAGCAGCUCGUGUCCAUAAUGUAAAUAUGUACAGUUCAUUCACAUUACUGAUAUUGAUGUUUUCUUCUUUCAGCUCGCAGAUAAAAAAAAAAGUAAAAGUUCAUAUUUUUAAAUGUAAUUUGAAACUUUAUUUGUAGAAUUACUUCGAGUGACUUUUAUUCUAUUCAGCUGUAACAAAGAACAAC